AUGGUCCUCAUCCUCGAAUCGGCCGAGAAGUUCCCACAAUUCCUCUACGAUCUCCCGGGCGGCUCUGCCUUUGGCCUUCAAAUGCUCAGCAAGCGGUUCCGUCUCAAGCUCGAAUUGGCCGGUGCUGACACAGAAGCGCAGAAGCACCUGUUGAACCGCACGAAUCGCUCUUUCAAAAGUGAGCCGCUGACGUCGGUUGGGCAGCUGAAGAAUUUCUUGCUACGAAUGGUGGCCAAGCAAUGGUAUGACCGCGAACGCGACAGCUACAAUUUCGUCAAGCAGAUCAAGGAGCAGAAGGAAAUUACGUGCACGUACUCCAGCGACUUUGACGACCAAGGCAUCAUGUUCUGGCUCGGCACAAAUGGAAAACUGGCUGAAUGGAUCAACCCGGCCUCGAUCGGCGUCGUCAAGGAGGACCAAGAUACGGAAGGUGACGGCGAGGAGGAUGAAGAGAACGACGAGGAAGAACCUGAAGACGAUGACAUGGAAGACGAAGAUGAGGAGGAGGACACGGAGCCCGACAACGAUGAUAGCACCCGUGCCACAAUCGCCGAUUUGGACGGCGUCUUGACGCUCGACGACUUUGAGCUUGUCCACCCAAUUAAAGGCCGUUUCCUGAAAGAGCUGUCGUCUUUGGCUGCGCGCAAGCGGGCCCUCGAGUCUGACGAUACCAUCGACACAAUUGCCAAGCGCCGACGCUACGACGAGCUGAUGUUGAAUAUUGGCGGCGCCCGUUGCAAGAUCGACGAUCUUGGACUCAACUUCACUGUGAACCCACCAUCGGCUGUGUUCCAAUACAAGGAGAUGGAACUGAUCGAGGGUGGAGCGGACAUGGACGUGACGAUGGAGAACGUCGAGCUCUACGUAGAGAAGUGCUCCGACUACUAUCUCAACUCCGGCAUCGUCGAGCAGGUACGUGCUUUCCGUGAAGGAUUCGACCGCGUCUUCCCGCUUCGCUCGUUGCGCUCAUUCACGCCGGAGGAAGUCCAGUGCCUCAUCUCUGGUGAACAAAGUCCGGUGUGGAACCGCGACGAUAUCCUCAACUACACCGAGCCCAAGCUCGGCUACACCCGCGACUCGCCCGGUUUCCUGAAAUUCGUCGAUGUCAUGGACGCCCUGACGCCUGCCGAAAGGAAGAACUUCUUGCAAUUUGCUACGGGAUGCAGCAGUCUGCCACCUGGUGGCUUGGCCAACCUGCACCCACGGCUGACCGUGGUUCGGAAGGUCGAGAGCGGUGACGGCAGCUAUCCAUCGGUCAACACUUGCGUGCACUACCUGAAGUUGCCGGAUUAUUCCACUGCUGAAAUUCUUCGUGAACGUCUUCUGACGGCCAUCAACGAGAAGGGCUUCCACCUCAAC